UCGCAGUGUACGGAAAAUGGUCUAUUCCAACUGCGUCGUCAUAGUCUGCAUGGACGUUUUUACGUAAUGAAUUUGUAAUUAACUUUUGUUAAGAUAAGUUCCCAUCUAAAAUGGCUGAUGCCUUCCUGCUGGGACUGCAGUUGUCCGAAGUAGAAAUGCUGUCAAGUAUGUUUCCAAAAGAAGAGGAAUUCACUUUGGACAACCCUGCGAUAGUUCACGAAGUCCGUGAAUACGUUGAAGGACUGUCCAAAGGGGUACCCAGGCAGAUUAGUUUCACGUUGAACACAGUCAUAGAAGAACCAUUUCAAAACGCAAACAUUGCACUGAUAUGCAGCCUUCCACAUGACUACCCCAACACUACUCCAGAAGUGUUUGUGAGGUCAUCACAAUUCAGUCGACAAUACCAAAAACAAAUCAACAUAGAUCUGAAUAGAUUCCUGUCAAGUCUGGAAAGAGGAGAGCUAUGUAUUGCAGAAACACUGCAAUGGCUGCAGGACAAUGCAAAAAAAUAUAUCACUAUACAGUUAGGUGAAGACAAUCUACAAGAUAAGUCGAGUAAAUGUAACGAUUUGAAAUUCACUCGGCUUUGGAUACAUAGUCAUCAUAUUUAUAAUAAAAUCAAACGCAAAGACAUUAUUGAAUGGGCGCAAGAACUUGGACUUAGUGGCUUUAGCAUGCCAGGAAAACCAGGUGUCAUCUGUGUUGAAGGUUACAGCAGUUUCUGUGAGGAAUUUUGGAAACGUUUACGUCAUCUCAACUGGAAAAAAAUUACUAUGCGACACAAAGAGGACAUUGCCAUGAAAACUAGUGACUCUGAAUCUGAAUUCGGAAAACUGAAGUUUUUUGAGAAUUUUGAAGAAAAGAACUUUGAUGCACAUUCAUUUGGUCAUGGUCGAGACUAUCACAUGGAUCUGGGUCUAUUUUAUCAAUUUUUGGAACAACAUAAUUGUGGCUAUAUGUUUAAAAUUUUACUUGGAGUGGAUGGGAAAGUUUCAAAAUCAUAA